UUGUAUAUCCCUUUUGCGAACAGACUGAGCAAACGGAAAAUCUUCCCCAAAUCGUGAGAGAAGACAAUCAUGAAGCUCCGUCUCCGAUCUCUCGAAUCCAAAGAAACCCUAAAACUCGAAGUCCACGAUGAAUGCCCUCUCCGGCUCCUCAAGCAAAUCCUGAUUUCCACCUCCUCCUCCUCCGUCCACCUCUCUCUCAAUCGCAGGGACGAGCUCGGCUCCUCCGCCCCCGGCGAUGGCGAUUCGCUCAAAGCCCUAGGCGUUACCUCCGGGGAUCUAAUUUAUUACUCCCUUAACCCGAACGCCUUCGCUUUCCCUGCGCAGCAGCAGCAAGAAGCAAUUCCAACCCCAGCCCCCAGUUCGUCGGCUACAGUGCCGUGUGCUGGCGCCAUUGCUGUGGAAUCUGAAGCAGGUGACACCCUUACCGUCGGUUUGAACCCCAUGGCAAGCGACAGUUCUGCGAAAGGAGAGAACUUGGGUCAUCGGGGCGUGGAUUUUGACAUGGAAGAUGUGGGCGGCCAGGGCGACGCGGAGGAGCAGUCGCAGAGUAGUGAAGGUAAGGGUUUAUCUGAGCUUCACGGUGCUGGAUCUGAUGCUAUGGAUGUGGAAUUCGAUGUGUGUAAGCACUCUGUGCCUUACUUCCUUAGGAGGGUGUUGAGAGAAGAGCUGGGUAAAGAUGAGGUUGAACAUAGACUUCUAGUCAUUGCGAUUCAUGCGGUUAUGUUAGAAUCUGGCUUUGUCGGGUUCAACUCGGUGACUCAGACACGUGCGGAUGGUUUCCACCUCCCUGAUCAGUGGCCCUCUCCGGGUUUUUCCGUCUCGUUGUUGUACAGUCUGCCUGAGCUUCUUGCUGAUGGGUCGAAUGAGGUUGAGAGUGUGAAUCUGAAGAUUCAGAGUAUCGGCCAUUACCUGACUGUCUAUGGGUCUCUAGCCAAGGGGAAGUCGGGGUUGUAUAGGAUCUGUCUGGAUGAGUACAGGUUUGCUCCAACUAUAGACUUAAUGUGGGCUAAUUGUGAUAAGAAGGAUGGAGCGAAUUAUGGGGAUAGUAGCCGAAGUUCAUAUCCUAAUAGUGAAGUUUUUGAAUUUUGGAAGGUUGUGAAGGACGGGUUGACAUUGCCUCUCUUAAUAGACCUCUGCGAGAGGGCUAAUUUACCGCUCCCAUCUUGUCUCAUGCGACUUCCAACUGAGCUGAAGCUGCAGAUUCUGGAGUUGCUUGAUAUACAUGACCUUCUACAAAUGGCUCUCGUGAGCAAAGACUUUGGCUACUUGUUAUCACAUGAUGAUUUCUGGAAGCAGAAAUUUCUGAGCGAGUUUGGAGAUGUGAAAGACAUGCAAGAUGUGUCGAACUGGAAACUGGAGUAUUUGAAGAGGAAGAGGGACAAAAUCAGUUUGUGCACCUCUUUCCUUGGGGAGAGGCAAUCCCGAUGGAUCAGGCCUGUUCCAUUUCAAAGGAUGUUGAGGGACCCGGUCCCUUUAGGUUUUCCUCGCAUAAUUGGGGGAGAUCACGAUUGGUUGCCAGGGCUGGGGCCCCCUUCUCUCAAUAGGCAUGGUGGCUUUCCUCGGCUUUCAAUCCUUCGAACUGCUGGGCGCAGCUGCACCUGCAAUCUUGGACGAUUAAAUCGGUAGUUCUUGAUUCAGGAUCAGCUUCCUUAUUCACCUUCUCCACAGGGGGCAUAUCAGAAGGGCAUGUGAGUUAUGUUUUUGCAUGUAAAAAGGUUGAGUUUUGGACCUUUUCUUUGGUUUAUCUUUCAGCAACAGAUAAUAGGCAUGACUAAAUUAGUCUCUUGAAAAGAAAGGGGUGGUAGGUAUAGUAAAGCAAGUGCUCCUACCUCUAGUCGCGACAUCAUAUGCUUAAAUAAAGUCGAGCUCGUUUUGCAUAUUC